UGGGGGAUUACCAUAACCAUACUGUACCCUCGACAUUGGCCAGUCCGUGUUCUCCACCAUGGGCACAGCAGGAAUUUAGGGGUGCACCUUGACCACACCAGAAGGGUUCCAUCCUAAACAAACUGGGGUUGUCAUUGUCAGUAAUUGUGUGAAACGAAGGGUCACUGUUGUGGUGCAACCCCAACCUGAUGAUUUAGAGGAUCAUAGUUUUGCUGUCAAAAGAGGACGUGAAUUAUCAAAUAUCGAUUAGAUUCAUUAUUUUCUUGGCCUUCAGUUUUGUCUCCCUCAUUUAUUUGGAUUACUUCAGAGAUGUUUUAUAUUUUCCUUUCUACGUGAAAGCUUUGGAUUAUCGUCCCCAACCUGAACCUGUUCUUCACCAUCAGACGGAUCUUCCUUAUUAUUUCAACUUACAAGAGAUCAACCUGAUAAUAACUCACCAACGCACCCUGGAAAGGCCAAGCCGUACCUGUUUGUCUAAUACAACAACCUUUGCAUAACCUACUCCUAUGAAUCGCAGUAGUCCACCUUUGUCCCCCAGAACUUUCCUUCUUUGAACCUACCGAUAUUCUUUCCCUCAUCCUUCACCAUUAUCUCUCUCUACUUGAUUAUCCCAACAUCUCCUCCCUCCCUCCCUCCCUCCCUCCGUCCUCUUCUUCUUCUCUCUCUCUUCCUUUGUCUCUGUUGGUUGUUGCCAUGGCACUGCUGAAGCUGCAGUUCCCCCUGCAGAGGCGUGUGCGUCUGGCCCAGAGUCUGUGGCUGCUGUCCUGGCUGGCCGUGCUGGCUGGGGCCUUCACCUUCUCCCUGGGAGUGUACCUCAAGACUGAGCUGCUCCGCAGGGCAGAGGUGAUGGAUAACACAGAGAUCCACGUGGUGCCCAACAUUUUGAUGCUGGUGGGCUUGAUAACCAUCGGGAUCAACCUGUUUGCUGGGCGGGUGUGUCAGGACUCCCUGGACUCUGCCCGGUUCCCCCCCUGGAAGCCCUUCCUGCUGCCCUGGUAUGGCCUGGCCUGGAUGGUGUGUGUCUGGUUGCUGUCUGCUGUGGUGCUCAGCUAUGCCCUGCAGGGACACCUCGAGGAGUCCCUCAAGGUGGGCCUGAGGAACGGUAUCCGGUUCUACCGGGACACGGAUGUCCCGGGCCGCUGCUUCCAGAAGGAGACCAUCGACAGGCUGCAAAUGGAACUGCGUUGCUGCGGCAACACCAACUACAGGGACUGGUUCGAGGUGCAGUGGAUCAGCAACAGAUACCUGGACUUCACCUCUAAAGAAGUCAAAGAUCGUGUGCGUAGCAACGUGGACGGUCGUUACCUGAUGGAUGGAGUCCCGUUCAGCUGCUGUAACCCUGGCUCCCCUCGGCCCUGUCUCCAGAACCACCUGACUGACAACACUGCCCACUACAACUAUGAGCACCAGAGUGAGGAGCUGAACCUGUACAACCGCGGCUGCAGACAGGCGCUGGUCGACUACUACAUGGGCCUCAUGAACACCAUCGGCCCCGGGAUACUGUCGGUCAUCUCCUUGCAGAUGUCAGUGUUGGUGAGUCUGCGGUACCUGCAGACGUCUCUGGACGGCGUGGACCCGGAGAACCCCGAAGCUGACAGUGAGGGCUACAUCCUGGCAAAGGGGGUGAAAGAAACCAUGAUGGACGUCAAGAACUCCAUGUUCAAACUGCUCCAGUUCGGACAGGUGGAAGCAGGUGAUGAGGCAGAAGCAGGGGCGGACGGCGAGAAGGCAGCCACGUCCAGCUAGAUGAAAUAUAAUAUAUAACCAUAUAUGGGUUUGAGACAGGGAGGGAGGCAUCUUAGUUCUGUGACCUCAUGGUGGUCUAGCCUGUGACCAGGCUAAUGGUGGGCUAGCUAGAGCUCUGUGUUGGCUUUGACACAUGCACUGAACUUUUUGUCUUGAUUUAUACUGCAACAAUGUACGAGCACUAAAAUACAUAAGGAAUCUUAUCUUAUCAUGCUCUGCAAGAUCUAACAAUGCAGAGGGUUUUUAACCUGACAAAAUUUGGAAUGAUAAUCUUUGAGUCAAGAACAAAACAUGACAGUCAAGAAGACACUGGAAGGCACCGAAGAACACACACAUUCACAAAAUAAUUCACACACACAUUUGAUAAAUACUCAAAAAGAAUACUCACAUAUUCGUACAGGAGUAAAUGAAAACACACACACUUUGAAGUACACUAAUGUUCUGAUGAUCUUCCAUUCAGAUCUGACUAAAUCUAAAGCACACAGUUAAUGUAAUAAUACAAAACACUCACUCUGUGUGAAGAAGGCCUACAGUCAAUUGAAUACUGAAAUGGCUAUAGAGUUUGUUAACGCACUGCUAAGUAACGUGUCAAGAUGAUGUGAAGUUGGCAUCAGGCAUUUAAUAUAUUAAAGUUAGUUGCUUUUAAUGGA